UUCUCUUCUCUCUACAGAAACACAGCCACAAUCUCUCUCUCUCUCUCUCUCUAGAAACCGGCGCACAAAUUCGCACUUCUUUCAGAAAUACCAGCCAUGGCGAACAGUCUACGAAUGAUAGACAUAGCCGUCAAUUUCACAGAUGGUAUGUUCAGAGGAAUGUACAAUGGGAAGCAGUAUCAUGUAGCUGAUAUUGCCACUGUGCUUAGUAGGGCUUGGAGCGCCGGUGUCGAUCGCAUCAUUGUGACUGGAGGCUCUCUCAUGGAGUCGAAGGAAGCUCUUGCUAUUGCUGAAACUGAUGCAAGACUUUUCUGCACAGUUGGUGUGCACCCAACAAGAUGUAAUGAAUUUGAUGAUAGUGGUGAUCCGGAGAAACACUAUGAGGCUCUUUUGUCAUUGGCUAAAGAGGGAGUUGAGAAAGGCAAAGUGGUGGCAAUUGGAGAAUGUGGAUUGGAUUACGAUAGGCUUCACUUCUGCUCACCUGAAAUUCAAAAGAAGUACUUUGAGAAGCAAUUUGAAUUAGCACAAGCUGUGAAGUUGCCAAUGUUCCUCCAUAUGCGAGCUGCUGCCGAGGAUUUCUGCGAUAUUCUUGAGAAAAGAAAACAUGGGUUCUGCUCUGGGGUUGCUCACUCUUUCACUGGUAGUGCCCAAGACCGUGAUCGUCUUCUUUCAUUCAGCAAUCUAUUCAUAGGCAUAAAUGGAUGCUCUCUAAAGACUGCCGAGAACCUUGAUGUUGUAAAGGGGAUUCCUGUCGAGAGAAUGAUGAUCGAAACAGAUUCCCCUUACUGUGAAAUUAAGAACACACACGCGGGGAUGAAUUUUGUGAAAUCUUCAUGGCCUUCUAAGAAAAAGGAGAAAUACGAUCCGGACUGCCUCGUUAAAGGUCGCAAUGAACCAUGCUUAGUACGACAAGUACUAGAAGUAGUGGCUGGCUGUAAAGGUAUUGCAGACAUCGAUCAGCUCAGCAAAACCGUGUACCAUAACACCUGCAGGGUGUUUUUCCCACAGGAUGUGGACUCAGCAGCAGAUGCUCUUCUUGCUGAUGGUCGGACUGCUAAUUGAACAAGUUUUUUCUCUCGUUUUCUAACACAUUUGAUGUACAACUUUCCUUGUUUUCGUUUGUAACGAGAAUGCAACUGCCCAAAUGUAGGAAACUAAAAAUUCACCAACAAAUAACAUUGAAUUUUGUUAUUAUUUUGAAUGCACACUGCACUUAAUUUGUGUUGGCGAUUUCGA